CUGAGGCGCAUGGCGGCGCCCGCGGAGGCGGCCGCCGGGGGCGCGGAGGAGACCGCGGCGCGCGAGGAGUCGCCAGUUCUGCCACCCGGCGCCGCCCCGUUCGGAAAUUUCCCCUGUUACUCCCGCUUCCACCCGCCAGAGCAACGCCUCCGCCUCCUGCCCCCGGAUCUGCUUGGCCGGCUCUUCCCCCAGGGUUCGGAGACGAGGCCGAUUCUGGGGCUGGACGUGGGCUGUAACUCCGGGGAUCUGAGUGUGGCUCUGUACAAACACUUCCUUUCCCUGCGUGAUGGGGAGACCUGCUCCGACGCCUCAAGAAAACUCCGUUUCCUCUGCUGUGACAUAGAUCCAGUUCUGGUGGCACGAGCUGAAAAAGAAUGCCCUUUUCCUGAUGCCUUGACCUUUAUCACCCUGGACUUCAUGAAUCAAAGGACGCGGAAAGUUUCCUUGAGUUCUUUCUUAAGCCAGUUUGGAUGCUCGGUUUUUGAUAUUGGCUUCUGCAUGUCGGUAACCAUGUGGAUUCAUCUGAACCACGGUGACCGUGGCCUGUGGGAAUUUCUGGCUCACCUUUCCUCCCUCUGCCACUACCUCCUCCUAGAGCCACAGCCCUGGAAGUGUUACCGGGCAGCUGCACGGCGUGUCCGGAAACUGGGCCUCCACGAUUUUGAUCACUUCCACUCCCUUGCCAUCCGAGGUGAUAUGGCAAAACAGAUUGUACACAUUUUGACCCAGGAUCAUGGCAUGGAAUUAGUAUGCUGCUUUGGCAACACCAGCUGGGAUCGUAGCCUUCUGCUCUUCAAGAAAAAACAAGGCACGGAGACUCAUCCUCAUUCAAUCCCUGAAUUAUUGACAGAAGAAGGGAAAGAAAGGAACAGAUGAAGAUUAUGUAGACAGUGAAAUAGGAGGGUAUGAAGAUCUGUGAAGACAUAUUUAAUAUUGAGGAUUAAGUCUCCUUAAUUCCCUAUUAUCAGGCAACCUUGAAACCUGACAAACUUUUGGUAAAAUGUCCUAGAAUUGUAAUGGCAAGAAUCAGUACUUGUUCCCCAUUUUUGGGGGGAUGAUUCCUGUGUAGACUACAUCUGUGAAAUGAAAUGGACUUUCUACAUUGAGAGGGUCUGGCUCUGGGAUAGAAAGGAUGUUUGGGUGGUUAUUUGUAAAGACUUAGGUCAGGCUAGCCUUAAAAUGCAUUGGUCCUCUGGGUUCCUUCAAGCUGAUCUGGAUUCUUCUGACUUCUGACAUACUUGCUCUGCUAUUGGGCAGAACCUCAUAUAAUUUGGAAUGAAGAUUCACUACCCUAAUUAGUGAAGAAGGUUAGUAGCUCUCUUUCCAGGGCCAGGUUUCCAACAUGCCCAGGCUCAGCCCAGCAGAUGCAGAUAACAGGCAAGAUGCAUUGACUGGCAUUUAGAAGAUUUUGAAAGCCAGUAUUCAGGUCUCCCAAAGAAGAAUAGAAAGAGCUAUGCUUGGAAUAUCACGUUUCACUCAAAUGA